AUGUCGAAUGCUCAAAGCUCGCAGCAGGCUGCGCAGUCCAGUGAAUUUGGUGAGUCAGACCCUUCGCUUCGUGGAAAUGGGAUGCCAAUCAGCUUUCCAUUGAACACACAGAUGGCCAGCGGUAACUCUCAAUAUCUGACAACAGAGAAUGGGAUGUCAUUUUCGACGAAUGGGUCAACAGCCAGCUUAACGGGUGAACAAGUGAACUCGAUGUUGCCAAUCCCCAAAAAGUCGCGGGCUAUUAGAACCGACAGACCGCGUCCGUUUUUGUGUUCUAUUUGCACUCGUGGGUUUGCCCGUCAGGAACAUUUGAAGCGUCAUCAACGUGCUCACACUAACGAAAAACCAUUUCUUUGCGCCUUCUGCGGACGAUGCUUCGCCCGUCGUGAUUUGGUGCUGCGGCACCAGCAAAAAUUGCAUCCAUCACUCACAGAGGCCAGAGCUAGUGAGCCAAGUAUACCAGCCAGCGGGAUUCCUGGGGGCUCAUCACGAGAUUUCAAACAACAUCUCAAUGAGGAGCACAUCAUCACCAUCACUGGAAAUAAACAGACUAUGCUUCCAAUGCCUCAAAUACAGCGUAAACCUACGAGCGUGGGUAACAGCAGUAGUAGCAGCACCAGUAACACCAAUUUAAGCGGGGUGAUAACCGCUUCUUCGCUUCCAACAUCGGAGUCAUCUCACUCGGGUCCAUCGUACAUACAGGCUGAGACCGCAUCGGAUGACCGAAAUUUGAAACGUAUGCGUCACGCUUCUUUCUCCGCAGCAAGCGCUAUCACUUAUGCACAAACCAAAGAUGCGCCCAGGAUCAUCGAAAAUGAAAUACCAGACAUUCCACAUCAGGUUGGUUUCUCAACACCACAACUUUCCGCACAAGAACUGGUGGAAAAAGCAAUGGAAAGUGGUGUUGAUUUUGAUAUGCUGCCGUUUCCACCCCUACUUAAUCUACCCGAGGCUGUAUUCACUAAUGGUAGUGCUGAUCAAACAGCACUGCGACAUACAUCAUCGGUACCUCCCAGUGACGUCAGUGGCUCACUUUUCUCGCAAAAGCAGAGACUGGGAAAUGACACGCUAGAUCGGCACGUAAACUCAACGCCCGAUGUCAAAUCUGCGUUUGCUACAGCCGCACCUCUGCUUUCGGACUUUCUGCAGAUGGGUUCGUCGUUAGGAGGAUCGGGAGGGUAUACCAGUUUCUUCCCACCAGACUCCAAUCUCGAUUAUUUUACUUACGAUGGCGCAUCUGAUCAGCCGCAAGCAGUGGAACAUUUAAAGACUGAAAGACAUCAACUAAGCUCUUCGACAGAGCAAUCUCAAGAGAAUCAGAUCAAUGUUCAAGAACCAUGGCUCUCGGAAUUCAUCAAUACACAUUUUGACGGGGACUUCAAAGUAGACACACAGGAUUUCAAUCAAAUUGGCUUCUCGUAUACGAAUUCAGACGUCACCACGAGCAAUUCCACACCCAUGGUAAACCUAUCCUCGCCCGUGACAAGAAUCGACGAUAAAUCGGUUCUAAGCUUCAGUCCCAUUUUGAACGAGUCUUACGGAGAAGUAAGACAGAAUAACCUACCUACACCAUCCGAGGCAACUGCAAAGGCGCCCUCAAAAUACCAUAGGAAGUCAGAUAUUCCCUUGUUAUUCAAGUCUCGCCAAAUCGACUUGUUUAAGAAAGUCAUGGAGAACCAGAAUGGUUACGGUACACCUGUUCAGGAUGAUCAAGAAUUGACCCGAAAGACCUUUACUAAGGGUACAAGACUUCGAUUUUUUACCGAAGAUCUAAGAGCCUAUAUUUUGAAGUCAAACAAUCUGUCCUCUGAUCAAUUCCCUACACUAGAAGAGCUCAACACUUACAUCAACUUGUAUCAAGAUGAGUUUCACCAAUUUUUUGGGUUUAUUCACCUGCCUUCCAUUCGACCUUCAACGGAUAGCUAUUUUUUCUUGCUGUCUAUAGCCAUGAUUGGGGCUCUCUACGGUUUUCAUUCAUCUCACGCAGUGCUUCUUUACAAUAUUUGUCGCUUUCGCAUCCGCGAAUACUUGGAAAAUACGGCAGGGCAUCACGACAAAGUACCCCUUUGGUUGGUUCAAAGCUCAGUUCUUCUCAUCUUCAUCGGAAUCUUCAAUAACGAUGUGUCCUUUACCUUGAUCAUCAAUACACAAAUAAAAUCGCUGAUAGAGUUGGUGAAGAUAACGCAACUGAACUUGCCCCUGGAAUACUUUUGCAAGCCGCCGAUUAAAAGCGACCAUAUUCUGGAUUAUCAGAAUGACCCCCUAUUAUUGGAACAAAAGAGGCAGGAAUACAAUACCCCCGAACAAAUUGAACGUAAUUAUCACUAUUUCGUACACGCCCAAUCCAGAAUUCGAACAUGUCACACCAUUCUUUCAAUUUCCAAUCUGUUCAAUUCGCUGGUAGGUUUGGAUUGCUGUUUUCACUCAAUUGAUUUGAAGUGCGGUAUUCCGUGUUACCGGGAAGAUCUCUAUUUCUGUGAGAGUCCGAGUGAAUGGGCAUCUCUUCUGCGCAACUAUCAUAUAUCGCUGGAUUCAAAAUUUUCUUUGAUAGAGCUUUCCAACGGUGGUGAAAGCUAUAAAAACUGUCUAAUCUACCUCACCAAUGGUUACCAAUUCUUUUACGAGAACAAAAAGGUUUCUUUCAAGACUCUUCUAUCACUUUUGAUUUCAAUUCACGAGAAGAUUUUCAUUGAGAGAUACAACUUGAGGCAUGAAAUCGAUGAGCAGAUCAUAGAUGUCAAAUGGCGUAUGAACUCCAGGCCCAUUAUCGAAUCCCUACUCAAAAACUGGGAGUCUCUGUAUCUGAAAAAUGGAGGUGUUGUUAUAGCAAAUGACGGCAACAUUCCCUUCAUCAACUCCAAUCCUUCCCUGCGUCUCAUUAUACCACUUCUCAAUUUUGCGAAGAUACGCAAGUGUUUGCGGAUUUCUCAUAUCAUGAAGAAUAUCUGGUUCAAGAACUGGACCGGAAUGAACGAAAACCUGGAGAAAUUCAGUGACUGGGAGGUUCUACGUGAGGCUACCGACCAUGCCCUUACCAUUGUUAAGUUCUGGGUGGAUACCGUCUUCAUCAUCAAAAAUGCCGAAAAGACAUCGCUGCGAACCCCCAUCUUCUCCAUCACAUGCAUAUUCACCUCAAUUUUAAUCAUCGCUGAGUAUUUGAAAAGAAUAGAGGUCUGGGCGUCAAACUACCGGCAUCCCGCCACGACAGACCUGCUUAAAGCUGUUGAUAGAACGCUGUGGCUGAAAUCGGAGCAGAUUCUGAAAAAAGUAGAGGAACACCUGCUGCCAAAGGGUUACAACAAACAAUCGUAUGCUGAGUUUUUGAGGCUACAGGCUAACGGUGCCUUGGAUGUUAAGGUUCUGAACGACAACUUGGCACGCAAAGCGAUGAGUCCAAAUACCCCACUAAACGAAACCGUGGAAUUGUUAUUGAGGGCCAAACUUUCGUCCAGGUCCCUCUAUCUAGGUGUGAGGAUUCUCGGAGAUGCUCCAAUUUGGCCUAUCGCCCUACUCUUUGCCCAUGCUUUACAGUCCAGGGCCAUCUUCAACUUGGCCAACAGCUCGAGUCCUUACCGUUGA